AUGAAGCCCGCCGCCGAGCCGGCCACCGGCUACCCCGUCGGCGCCUCCCCCGCCGGCGCCUCCCCCAUGGGCGGCCGCCAGCUUGGCGAGGCGAGCGCCUGGUCCUCCGGCCUCUUCGACUGCUUCGACGACUGCGGCCUAUGCUGCAUCACUUGGUGCUGCCCCUGCAUCACCUUCGGCAAGGUGGCGGAGAUCGUGGACCGCGGCGCGACGUCGUGCGGGACCGCCGGAGCGCUCUACGUGCUGCUGGCGUCGCUCACGGGGUGCCAGUUCAUCUACUCCUGCACCUACCGCGCCAAGCUGCGCGCCCAGUACGGGCUCCCCGACGCGCCCUGCUGCGACUGCUGCGUCCACUUCUGCUGCGCGCCAUGCGCGCUCUGCCAGGAGUACAAGCAGCUCAAGGCCCUCGGCUACGACCCCGACAUCGGCUGGCAGCUCAACGCCGAGCGCGGCAACGGCCCCGCCGCCAGAGCGCCAGGCAUGCAGCAGAUGGGCCGCUGA